GUUAGAGCUGCAAAUGGGUAGAUGGACAGAGCAAAAUACAGGACAAUCCUGGAAACAAAUCUAAUAAAGGUCUUAAAAGACUUGAGACUGGGAUGGAAGUUUACAUUCCACCAGGACAACGGACAUACAGCCAGAGCUACAAAAGAAUGGCUCUGGCUGUAAGUUUAUCAAAGCAUAUUCAUGUAUUAGAAUGGCCCGGUCUAAAAGCUGAUGUUAACACACACUCGUCAACAUAUCCAACUGAGCUUGUGCUAUUUUUAAAAGGAGAAUAAGCAAAUGAUUUAGAGCGCAAAACUCAUGGACAUACCCCAGAAGACCUGCAGGUAUACCUUCAGCUAAAGGUGAUUCUACAAAAUAUUGAUUGGGGAUGGGGGGCUUAAUACAACUGCACAAUCACUGGAAGGAUGGGGGCAGUUUUCUUUCUUUACUUGACGUCUAGUUUGUGAAUGGGUUUAAUAGCGCCUCAUGAUGCACACAAGUUGCCAGGCGCUAUAGCUUGUUUUAUCCACUAGGAUGCGCUGUGGGACAGGCUUCAUAGAUCUGUUGCAAAGAGCUGGAAAACAGCCUGUUUAGCCACACGGUGGACACAUUUCAAGUUAUUGGGUUUUAAAACACAGACCCACAAAUUCUAGUCCAUCAUAAAUUUUACCGUGUAUCUAUUAUAUAGAAUUCAUUAGGUGUUCAGACUGGAUAAAAACUCAGACAAACAGUAGCACAUAGAAUGUCAAACCAACGCAUUACUUAUUUAACAAAACCAAAGAUUAAAUACACAAGCAGGGCAUGAUAAAAUAGGACCAUCUUUAUAGAUCCAGCAGGAAUUUUAAAAAGUUAGCGGCUGUAUUAUGCAGCUUAUUAAUAUUUACUUGAUUAGCUGAUCAUGAAAAUUGUGAGCACCUUUUCAAACGAGAGAAGUUAUGUCUGUCAUGAACAUGCAGGUGAAAAAGUGAAAAUAAAUCUGUAAAUGCAUGAGAAAACUAAUUGUUGCUGCAAAUAUAUCUAGGGAGGGUUAUGAGGCCAUUUUUGCCAACAUAACCAGGAAGGCCUGAGUUAGGUUUGCAAAGUUUUAUCUAAACAAACCACAAGAUGAGAUAUAGUGGAGACACAUAUAAGCCAAGGUUCCCUCUACUAACUGUGUUAACAGGGCUGUGUGACUGAGAAGCUGUGUAGUGUUUUCUCCUCACUAGAUCCUAAAGUUUGGUUUGUCCUGUGAACCAAGAGCUAUUUUCUCCAUCACAAAAGCUCUCUAAUUGAGCCCGACCUGCUUUAUGAUGCAGCUUUGCAACCUUGACGGUUUGAGCACCUGUUUGCACCGGUAAACUUCUACCUUAUUAUACUGAACUUUUCCUGAGUUUUGUACUCUUUGUUAUUAAAUAAAUGUGAAGAAGAACAUUUUUUUUGUAAGACUGAAAAAUGGAUAUGCCAUAUUUUUCUCAAAGCAGAAAAAGGUUUUUAUAUUAAGUGUUUGGGACACAUAUUAACUCUGGAUUUAUAGUUAAGCUUAAGGAAUGAAGUUGCACAUAGAUUAUAUCUGGGUGUUUUUCCCAGUCUUGAUCUUUUUCGUGUCAUGAUACAUUUCAACAACAGACCUCAAUGUUUUAUUUGCAAUGUAAAUGAUGGAUCAAGACAACAUUGCACAUAACUGUGAAAUGAAAGAAAGUAUACAUGAUUGUCAUAAAUUAUGUUUGAUUCUGAAGAAAGUUAUAAAGCAAUUUCCCCAUUAUCCUGGAAUUUAGUGGACAGAAAUGAUUUAUAAUGUCAGGCUGUAAGAAAUAAAAGGUCAUGUGCCUUUUUAAACUGUCUAAAAUGUACCUGAUUUUAACCGUAUCUACCAGCUUCGUACAUCUAGAUACAUGUUAAGUACCUCAGGCUCAGUCAGAUUGGAUGGAAAGUCCUUCCACAGAUUCCUAAGUGGAUGUAGGUCCAAACUUCAACUGGGUCAUUCUAAACCAUAACUGCACUUCGAUCUAAACCAUGUAGCUCUGUCUGUAUGUUUCGAGUUGUUGUCCUGCUGGACGGUGAACAUCCUUCCAGUCUCAAGUCUUCUGUAGCCUGAAAAGAGGUUUUCUUCCAGGAUUGUCCUGUAUUCAUCCACUUACACAUUAACUCUACAGCUUCUCUAUCCCUGUUGAAGAAAAGAUGCCCACAGCAUGAUGGUGCCACCACCUUGUUUCAGAGUGGGAAUGGUGUGUUCAGGGUGAUGAACAUUUACCACCACACUUAUUGUGUUUUGAACAUUGGUCAACAAGCUUAGUUUUUUUUUUCUCAAAUCUGACUAGAGCACCGUCCUCUGCAGGUUUGUUAUUUUCUGUUCAUGGCUUGUAGCAAAACUUACUUGCACCUAUAUUUAACUUUCUUUCAGCAAUAGCUUUCCAUUUGCCAGUCUUUCACAAAGGAUUGCAUGACUAAUAGCUGUUGACAAAUUCUCUCACGUGAGCUGUGAAUCCCUGCAGCUCCUCCAGGGUUACCAUGCUCCUCCUGGCUGCUUAUGAAGUAAUGCUCUUCUUUGCCAACCUGUCAAUAUAGGUGGACAACCAUGUCUUGGUACGUUGUAGCUCUACCAAAUGCUUUACUAUUUUUGUCAUUUCCUUCUACUUCACAAUUAUGAAUGUGAAACAAGUCUGAAAACAUAAUGGAAAAAACUUAAACCAGAAGAAAAAUCCUCUAAAAAAAAGAAAGAAUCUUUUGCCAUUAACCUUACCUAAUAGCAUCCCUUCACCCCCUCCCAUUGUCAGGGUCAGGUGAUCUUUCCAACCGCCAUUAAUCAGUUGGGAUUAGUUAACAUACCAGCUGCACUCGACUAAUGGCAGCGGUCAACUAACACCAGGAGAGCAACAGCUCUCAUUGGGCAUUAUCUUCUUAGCUCCAUGGCGUCUUUGGACGAAGAGCUGACCUGUUCUGUAUGCCGAGACAGCUUCAGCCAGGCUCACCCUCUACCUUGUGGCCACAGCUUCUGUCCCGCCUGCAUCCGUGAGGCCUUGAGCCCUCAUGGGGAAGGAAAAGGUCGCUUCACCUGCCCCCAGUGUCAGGAGGAACACGGUGAAGUCCCUAUCCAGGUAGAGGAUGGUCACCCUCCGAUGGCUGUAAAAACCUGCUUGAGGUGUGAGGUGUCGCUUUGUGCUGACCACCUUCGACCCCACCUGGAGAGACCAGCGUUCAGCACCCACCUGCUAGUUGAGCCACUGGGGGACCUGUCUCAGCGAAGGUGUUCAGCACACUCAGAGGUAUUCCGUUACUACUGUGUGGACGAGAGGAUGUACGUCUGCGGAGACUGUCUGCUGGGGGGGGGGCACGCUCUGCACAAAGUCAAGCCACUGAGACAGGUGGAGGAGGACCUGAAGGUCAUCUUACAGACUCUCCUCAUCAAAGCAGAAAAGAAACUAAAAGAUGGGGAGAAAGUUCUCAAAGAACAUGAAAACAUUGAUUCUGCAAUGGCGGACUCUCUAAAGCAGGACAACAGCCAGGUGGAGCGGCUGGACACGGAUCUGCAGGUCCAAGUGAAGAGGCUGGUGGUGGCUCUGAAGGAGAUCACCAAGAGGGAAAGGCAGCAGAUCAUGGAGCGUGUGCACCAAGAUUGUGCCAAAGUGAGAGACGACAUGAGCCAGACGGUGAACAUUCAGCACUACCUGAACCUGCUGCUGGCAGAGACUGACCCUUUCCUGCUCAUCUGGGCAUUUCAAUCAGAUGACACAAAAUUGUUAGCAGACCUGAACUGCCCACUCUAUUUCCCUGAGCCCAUCAGUGUGGACAGGAAGCACAUCCUGGAAGACAUAGAGGGCAAAUAUCGAGAGUUCAUCACCGCUACCCUCCGCUGCCUCACCGAGCUCAAGAGGGAGCUCUUAACCAGCCCUCUGAGCCUGGACACAAACUCUGCCCAUCCUCUGCUGAGCAUCUCCGACGACCUGCGUUCAGUCACGCGUGUCAAAAGCCGGCUGCCCUGCGCUGCUCACCCCGAGCGGUUUGACCACUGGCCACAGGUUCUCACGGUCCAAACCUUCUCUUCAGGCACCCACUAUUGGGAGCUGGAGGCUGAGGGAUUCUGGGAUGUAGCUGUCUGCUAUCGGAGCAUUGGACGAAAGGGGAAAGAAGGGAAUGCUUUUGGAAACAACAAGGUUUCAUGGAGCUUGACACAGCAACACAACAGAAAGCUGUCCGCCUGGCACAACCGCAGGAAGACGCGGCUCACGUACCAAAUGGUCGGCAAUCGAGUCGCAGUUGCUGUGGACUACAGCUCCGGGACCAUCACCUUCUCCGAGGUGGGACCUUCCAACAGCCUGAUUCACCUCCACACUUUCUCCACCAGCUUCACUCAGCCUGUGUGUGUAGGCUUUGGACUUUAUAAAGCUGAGCUCAAGAGUCGUAUCUCUGUCAUCAAAGUGUGAGGCAGCAUAAAGGAUCAGCAGGAGAGCAUCCCUGUUUUUCUGACUGAGUGUAAUGACUUUCUCCUCCUAAAACUGUGUUCAUGAGAUUUUAACAUGGAGGCUUAUUUCCAGAAAUGGUUUCUGACAAUAUGAAGUAUGAGCACAUGAAUUUGUUUGCCGUUUAAAUAAAGAGUGAAGUCUGUUUUAAGCAAGA